AUGACCUCCCCAUCCACCCGUCGCCUCCUCAAAGAAUCCACCGAUAUCCACAAAACCCCCAGUCCCUACUUCACCGCAUCUCCCAUCUCCGACACAAACCUCCACGAUUGGCACUUCACACUCACGGGACCACCAUCCCCGACCCCCUAUGCCCAUGGCCUCUACCAUGGCCGCAUAACCUUCCCACCUACGUAUCCGCUCCGACCACCGAGCUUCCGCUUCCUGACCCCCUCGGGUCGGUUCGAAGUGAAUCGCGAGAUUUGUCUGAGUAUCUCGGGCCACCAUGAAGAAACGUGGCAGCCUGCGUGGGGGGUGCGGACGGCGUUGUUGGCGAUUCGGAGCGAGAUUAUGGGCGGGGAGAGUCGGGGUCAGGUCGGUGGGAUGGAGGGGAGUGAGGCGUUCAGGAGGGAGUGUGCCAGGGAGAGUCGCGCGUGGGUAUGUACGGAGUGUGCGCAGGGGAGUAACGAGGAGGUUAUGACCAGGUGGUGGGAUUAUUGUCGGGAGAAGGGGGUCGAUAUGGAUCCAGAUGGUUGUGGGAAUGAGCAGCACGCUCAGGCGCAGACGCAGGCGCAGGAUCAGACUCGACCGGAAGUCAAUGGUACGAAAGAGACGGAGAUCCGCGGAGGAUCUACCGCCCAACUUGGCGAGGUGCAAGCACCAGUUGAGGGGGUGCCGGGGCACUCUUCCUCAGAGUAUACCACAGCCCCAGCGCCUUUAGCAUUUCCAGCGUCAGCAGUCGAUUCCAUUCAGGCUCCGACAACGAUAGCGCCCUCCGCGCCACAAGUGUCUGUAGAAGGAGCCGAGUCCCAAUCGUCUUCCACGUCAGCUCAAGGGGCCUCUGCUCCAUCAACAUCUCCACCUCAUCUUGAUGAGACUUUACGGGCAGCACCGUCAAGUCCACUCGUCGUUGCUGCCACUACCCCUGUUGUGGUCGCACGAAGGACUCAGACAGCUGCGAAUGUCUCGGAGCCAGCUAACAGCCCUUGGCUGGAUCGUGCAAUCAUUGGCAUUGUAUUUGCGCUGAUCAUUCUGAUCACCAAGCGAGUAGUCAAUGCGGAUGACUUGUAA